GACAACUUGUAAUUUGCUUGUUGCAAUUUACAACAUUUCACCUUCUCUUCGCAUCUUCUCUCUUUCUUUAUUUUUUUACCAUAUGGACUGUCUUUUUGAUCGACGACGCGAGUCUUCACCACGCUUGCAAUGUGGCUCGCAUCCGAGAGGCGACGUGUAAAUAAUACCUCUUUACUUCUGCUGCUUCUAAUUGCAAGCCAUGCAUUUGGCCAAGUUAAUUCGAGUACCUCGAGUACCUCGACAACCCACGAUGUCGCAAAACCCCUUUCUAGUAUCACUUCAGCCGAACCUACCUGCGAGUUCAGGACCGUGAACUAUAUCACCCAUACUUUACCUCAGCAGUGUCUCACCUCCGGUCCCUCAUCUUUCUCCACUCCCGCAUCCAUUAGCGCCACUGUUACCUCGUCCUCCUCCAUACCCGUCGACUCGACAGCCGGCGCCGAUGAUGCCAUCCAUCACCAGGAGUUAGAUGCUGAUGGAAAUGACCUUAGCACCGGGGCUUUCAUGUCAUUUGAAGAAUGGAAGGCUAUGAUGCUCGAGAAAUCCGGGCAGGACGCAUUAGAGCCGAGGCAGCGCAAGAGCAAAGAAACUCAAGGCGAAGCGGAUCCCGGAGAGGAUUUUGAUAGUCUUGGAGACGAAGGUGAGGUGUCGCUCGACUUCGACGCAUACUCUGAUAAGAUCUCUGAGAUCGCGUCCUCGACAAAACCCUCCCAGAAAGAGAAGGAGAAAGAAAAGCAGGUUGAGAAGGUCAACUACGACGAAGGGCUAGCUCAAGGCUAUCGUAGUAAAGAUGCCGGGAAGACGAGUAAGGAGAGGCUUUCGUAUGCUUCGUUCGACGCUGGCGCGACGGUGAAAAAGGCGAGUCCUGGUGCUAAGAACCCCAAGGCCAUCCUAGUCGAAAACAAGGACUCGUACAUGCUCCUUGAAUGUGCCAUGCAGAACAAGUUUGUUAUUAUCGAGCUGAGCGAUGACAUCCUAGUCGAUACUGUUGUGAUAGCCAAUUUCGAAUUCUUCUCCAGCAUGAUACGCCACUUUCGAGUUAGUGUAAGCGAUCGCUAUCCCGUCAAAUUAGAGAAGUGGAAGGUAUUAGGAAUCUUCGAGGCUCGUAAUUCCAGAGAUAUCCAGCCGUUCCUAGUCGAGAACCCUCAGAUCUGGGCCAAGUAUUUACGAAUCGAGAUUCUGAGCCACUAUGGCAAUGAGUAUUAUUGCCCCAUGUCCCUGCUGCGUGUCCACGGCACACGCAUGCUCGAUUCGUGGAAAGAAGCUGACCCUGCUGAUAUCGAGCCCGAAGAGGACAAGGCAAUAUCUGAGCCCCCUGAGGAGACUGUUGAAGAGACCGAGGUCCCAGUUGAGGAAGUUGAAGUUGCUGCCGAACCCAUCCACCAUGAGGAUCAGGUAAUACAUCUAUAUCCAGAGCAGAGUUGCUUCAUCCCCUACUGGGACAAGCACUAUUUCUACCAUUACUACCCCAAUAACGCAACCUGCGGAGCAACUGGCGCAGACGACUACAUGUCUCAACGCAGCAAGGAAAAUGAGAAGAUAAAAACAGCAGCUAAACCUCAACCCUUGAGGACUGUCGAACAGACAAUUUCAAUUAGCUCAAGCCCUUCUUCAGUAGUGACUCCAACAUCGCCGUCUGCUAGUCAGGUAACGCCGAAGUCGAUCAGAUCUGCGUACCCAAGCAGUUCAAGUCAAACGGCAGCGAGUACGGCUCUCGCGAAUUCCACUGAAUCUACACCUGUCUCCACGCCAUCCCCAGACCCAAGAUCAGCUACUGUAACGCCAACAACUACCACCGCCACAUCUACCACAAUCACAUCUCCAAACCUUUCGAAGACUGCUAGCGUACAGUCACCUCCCAAGAGUAAAACAUCCGCCUCUACUUCUGUUAUAAAACCGCCGUCUUCGAGAGCUGCCGCAUCUAAAAGUCAACCCUCCGGCUCCCCGACCACACCACGCAAUAAAACAACUACGAGCACUUCAUCCGCUGCCCCAGCCCCUACCGUCCAGGACUCAUUCUUCAAGGCGCUUAAUAAACGCAUACAAGCUCUCGAGUCCAACACGACCUUGUCUCUACAGUACAUCGAGUCGCAAUCACGGUUCCUGCGGGAAGCCCUGGCGCGCCUCGAGAAGCGCCAGGUGGCCAAAGUAGACCUGUUCCUCGACACCCUCAACAAGACGGUUUUCGGCGAGCUGCGUGAGGUCCGCGUCCAAUACGAUCAGAUCUGGCAAUCAACCGUCAUCGCCCUCGAGACGCAGCGUGAGCAGUCGGAGCGCGAGAUCGUCGCCCUGUCCUCCCGCCUCGGCGUCCUCGCCGACGAGGUCAUCUUCCAGAAACGCAUGGCUAUCGUCCAGAGCGUCCUCCUCCUAGGCUGCCUCCUCCUCAUCAUCUUCUCCCGCGGCGGCCUCGCCCAAGCCGCCACCGAGUCCUCAUAUUACCCGGCGCAGUUCUUCGGCGGCGGCGGCGGCGGCGGCGGUAGUAGUAGGCUCGCCUCCCCGCUCUUCCCGUCUACCCCUAGAACCCACCGUCGCGACGUUACCCCUUUACUUUCCCCCGGCGUCGACAGUCCCGCCCCUAGCACCCCGCAGCGCCACAUCAUAACCCAGACCCCCGAUUCUUCUUCUUCUUCCCUGCACCACCACCAUCGUCCGCGGAGGAUGAGCGGCUCCUCAUCCUCUAGACCAGCUGUUGCCGCUGUUGCCGCUGUUGUUAACGUCAACGUAAAUGACACCCCCGAGUCCACUGUAAGCCAUCGAAUCCCCUCCUCCCCCGAUAGAACCUCGUCGAAGCCCCCUUCGGGCAGCUUCUUCCGCGCCCCUACGCCGCCCGGCGUAGACGCGGGGUACGAUUCGGAGCCGGCCAUGGCGCCGUCUAGGGAGAGGGAGGGGAAAGGAGAAGGGGAGUAUUACUCUGCUGCGGCGGUGGAUAGCGGGAAGAGCACCGCGUUGAGUUACCAGGAAGUGUUGGCUAGGAAGUCGGAGAGGCAGUUGACGCCGUCGUCGGAGACCGACGGUGCCGAAUACAUACCUCCUCCGUUAUCAAGCAGGCCUCCCUUGACGCAUUCUACUUCGGCGCAGAAGCCUUUGCCUACUUUGCCAGAGGAUCCCGAUUAACAUGUAUAAGACUUAAUUAGUUAGAGUUCAAUUAGUAAAGGCCUGGAAGCUAUGAAUAAUGAGACCAUGAUUUAUAAUUUUUUUUUGAAGAAA